UCUAAUUCCAUCGAGUUCCACCGAAACGAUGAAAGCAACACCAUCACCACAAUGUUAUCUUCCCUAUAUAUACGCCGAAUCUAAUUUUCUCUCAAAUUCUCUCUCUUCCCUUCUAUCUCGCUCUAUAAACUCCUCUUUUUUCCCUCUCUUCCAUUUCUCUCCGGUGAGUCUCAGAUUCCCUCAUUUUCUUGGGAUCUGCCGAUUCACCGCCCGAUCUCCACCAGUUUUAAUUCUUCAUUCUCAUCUUUUUUAUAGUUUGAAAUUUUGUGAUUUUCAUUUUUCUUCUUCAUUUGAAUUGAAUUGAAUAAUUAAAUUGAUAAGAAAUCAAAUACGAAGGAUCAAUGAGUGAUCAUUUGGUGUUGUUUGUGGAUCGACUGGUUCGGCCCAUGCCGGUUGAGCCUUUGGCUCAGCACCCGGCGCAGCCCGCUCCUGAGCCGGUGACUCCGGUGAAUGAAGCACCGGCGGGGCCUUCUGGUUCUUCGGUGGAGGAGGAUGAUGACGGUGAGGAGGAGCCGCUGUUGCAGAUGGGGGAGUGCAGGAUUUGUCAGGAGGAGGAUAGUAUCAAUAAUCUGGAGAAUCCUUGCGGCUGUAGCGGGAGUCUAAAGUAUGCUCAUAGAAAGUGUGUCCAACACUGGUGCAAUGAAAAAGGAGACACAACCUGUGAAAUAUGUUCUAAGUCCUAUGAACCUGGCUAUACUGCUCCACCACCUCGUCCACAUGCUGAAGAAACUACCAUUGAUAUAGGUGGAGGCUGGACACUUUCUGGCACACCUUUGGACUUGCGUGAUCCUCGACUCUUGGCAAUUGCAGAGGCAGAACGCCAAUUCUUUGAAGCUGAAUAUGAUGGAUAUGCUGCUUCUAAUGCCAAUGGAGCUGCAUUUUGUCGCUCAGCCGCUCUAAUUUUAAUGGCACUUCUACUCUUGAGGCACGCACUUUCUGUCACAGAUGCUGAUGCUGAUGAUGAUCCAUCUACUUUUUUCUCUCUUUUCUUGCUUCGAGCAGCUGGCUUUCUUCUACCUUGCUAUAUCAUGGCUUGGGCAAUCAGUAUUUUACAACGGCGGCGACAAAGACAAGAGGCUGCAGCACUAGCGGCAACUCAAGUUGCGUUUGUGCUACAAUCCGGGCAGCAUAGGGGUCUGCAAUUUGCCAUAGCACCGGCACCAACUGUGAAUCCACACCAGGAACAAGUGUAGUUCUGUAUUAUGAAGGUAUAUAUGAAAAUGGAGUGUUCACCAUGUAAAGUAGACUUGUUGGAAUUCCAUGUUACUCUUUUACUCAUAACUUUCCCUGAUUCAAAUAUAUAACUUGAGCAACUUCAAGAUGGUUCUCCCUCA